AUGACAAGAACAUCAGAGCAAUCAUCGACGACACCGCCAACCGAGCACUCCUCCAUGGUGGUUGGCUCUGACGGCACCGUGCUAAAAAGAGAUUGCGAUGAUGAAGGGGAAGUACUCCAUGAAAAUGUUUCCAAUGUCCAAAAGCUCUUUCGGCGAAUGUCAUCCUCCAAUGUCAGUGGAGAUUUGGAACGGGGAGUUCCACGCCAACGAAAAUUGCACAAGAUGCUGGCUUCCCGAGGACAUUCGCAACCACAGACGGUCGAGAGACAAGAAUCCAUGAAGAAGAUUGUUCAACAAGUAACCUUGAAUUAUUCUCCAACCAAAUCUGGCAAAGACACCUUGGAGGCUGUCUACAAGACUGGAGAAUACAAAGCUGCUCUACCGCUUAACAUAUUGGUAGUCCAAUCCUUCAUGGCGGGGAUUUACAUUGCCAUGGCGGGUCAUUUGUAUCUGGCCGUGGGUGGAGGUGCUCUGGGUGCUGCCAUGUUUCCCACCGGUCUGAUUGCCGUCAUUUUGACCAGUGCGGAACUCUUCACGGGAGAUUCCUUGGUCUUUGUGGCCAGCGUCUUGGGCAAACGCGUCGCCUUUUCCAAGUUGCUCCGAAAUUGGACCGUCAGUUGGAUCAUGAACUUUGCCGGAUGUCUCUUUUGGGCCUAUCUUCUGGCCUAUGCAUCUGAUUCGCUCGAGAGUCUGGAUAAGAUUGACUUUGCCAUUGCCGUGGCACUCAAAAAGACCAAACCAUCCUGGGGCUGCAUCUUGUUGAAAGGCAUUGCCGCCAACUUUAUGGUCUGUGUCGGUGUCUGGCAAGCUGCCUGUGCCGAAGAAGUGGCUGGAAAGAUUCUGUGCCUAUGGUUCCCCAUCACUGCCUUUGUAUUGAUGGGAUUUGAUCACUGCAUCGCCAAUCAAUUUUUGAUUCCACUUGGUAUGAUGCUGGGAGCUGAUAUUUCCAUCAAAAAGUUGCUCUUGGAGGCCCUCUUGCCAGCAACCUUGGGCAACAUUGUGGGUGGGGGCUUGCUCGUCGGAGGCAUCUAUUGGUAUGUCUUUGAUUCCAAGAUGAAGAACAAACUGCGACUGCCAGUAGUUCGAAAACAAGAAUCAUCCCAGAGUAAUGGCAAGCCAGCAGCAUCAAAAGAUACCAAUUCUACGGAUACGAUGGACCGCAAUCAUAAACCAUCAACGCAUUUGGAGGAAGAGGAACAAGACAUUUGA